UGAAGUCCUAGGCUAAGCCGCGACUUAUGAGUCCGCAAUCCAAACUAACUAGCGGUCAUGCGUUGGAGAACAAACAUGGCGUUGAAACCAAUUUUAGACUUGAAACAGUUCACUUUAUUUUUACAGGUUAUAUCACGGCCAGAAUAGCGCAAUGGCAGCAAACGGAUAUGUGAGAGGAGUGGCAGUAUUUGUGAGUUGUGGAUUUUCAUUUGUUUGACCCCGAUCCUACUGAACUUGGGCAGGAUUCGAACCAAAACUGCGACACACUUGUAAAGUGUGAAGAUGACCCUCGUGUCAGCGACGUUAACUUUGCAUAACUAAACAUGGAUAUUGCUCUUCAGUUAGGAAACCCAUAAAACAUCGAGUGAAAGGCAGAAAGGGCGUUGAUCUUGUAUGAAAGAGGAAGUUCAGCUGGGCUUUUUUAAUAUUGCUUUAACGCUGAGUAAUGAACAUGAGUGCAAAUGAAAUCGCAGUCGAUGACGGAAAAUCGAAUGAAACCCAAGUUAUGGAAGAGAAGGAGACCAGUGCGGACUGGAUUUCCCGCUUAUGCUAUGAACAUGGACUUUUUUGCGCCACGCAUCCAAAAUUGGUCAUAGUAUUUACUGCGAUGGUGGUUUUCUCUUGCAGGUAAGGGAAGUAUCACGGUAAAUAGUUGUGGAACAUGUGUAACAUUUCUUUCAUAACAGAUCACAUGGCAUGGGAUUUGCAUGGGUGAUUCCCCUUAAUUCUCUUAAUUAGUUUUCGUUUGUGGAACUAAAUUCGAAACCUAGAGUAUUUCAUAUUUUAUGAUGCGUAUUCUGAAACCAUGCACAGACGUGUACCGUAUUUUUCAAUUUUGAAUUGUUUACUUUGCCUGUCACGUUCAUACAACUUUUUAUAGGAAUACUAGAAAUAGACAUGUACUUCAGAAUUUGGCUUUUAAAGAACUUUUUUUUACCCUUGAAGCCUGAUAAACAUCAUAAUUUCAAUUAUUUGGUUUCCCAGUUAUACACAAGUCUACAUGUAUGUGUUAGAGAGGGGAGGUAUUUGUUAGUUUGUGUGUCAAGGAAAAUGGGAUUGGAUUUAUUACAGUUCGCAAGGCAACCAGGUGGACAGUCAGACAUGGUUUGAUGCCACUCUGGUUUAAAGAUUUGAUGAAUGUAACGGAGAAGUCACAAUUCAUAGACCCAAUGUGUUGCCAAUCCUGUCUAGUGUCUUGAUCAGGGGUGAUCUAAUUGCUGCGACAAGAAGUCCUUUUAUAUGCUCACUAAAUAGCUGCCAUUUUUUUUCUGAUGAGAUAUAAAUAGGUUUCAGGUAGUAAGCCAUCAUCAUUACAGUUUAAAGGAGUGUGGGUGGGGUUGAUAUGCCAUGCACCAUCCCUUUUUUUUUUUUUUUAAUUUUUUUUCAUGUAUUAAUUACACUUUUCCAUUUAUCCAAUAGUUUACUUAUAAAAGUUAUUAUUGUGGAGUCAUCAUUCCUCAUUUUAAUUUUGACAGUGCCCCUCUCCUCUCAGUACCACUGUUUGGAGGUUCAGCUGCUAUUGAAUGGAUAACUCUAAGUUCAUCUGGAGUUUAUGUUUCUGACAGCCAGGGUAAAACACCAAGGAUCUUACAGGGGAAUGACAAUACCAUACCAAGAUGGGUAAAGAAAACAUCAUUUAGUCUGUGUAUUUUGGUGAAUAAUUUAAAGAAAGUUACAAAACGCUUAAGUCUGUAAUGCAUAUUUUGAUAGAAACUUCUGUCAUCUUCAUUUAAUUAAUAUACAAAGUGUGGGAAGUUGAAUUAUAAUUAGAAAAAUGCUAAUUAUGAUAAAUAGUAACAACAUGAAAAGAGGUAAAGCAUGAAAGUGUGAGAAUUAAAAGGAUAGUUUUAGAUUUACAUGGUGUAAUUGUUGAUUGAAGGAUGUUUUGUUCUCUUUGAAUAUGAAUAACCUUUUUUAUCUUGAGUUGAAAACUGGUAAAGGCGUGAUCCAAAACAUGGAAGUUAUCUGAUCACACCUUUACUGGUUUUAAACUCUUUCUUAAAAUUUUGGUGAAUGGUGGAUUAUAACUUCUUGCAGUUUGUAGGAGAUCCAGUGUUAUAUAUACAACAGUUUAUACUGAUGGCACAUGUGAGUCCAUGGAGACCACAUCUUCAGAAUAGUUUGGUUAUCAAGGAAGCACUAAAACCUGGCUUCAACAUCACAAAGCACAUCACCGAUUUUCAGCAUAAGCAGGGGUAUGAUUUAUUACUGCUACUAUUACCAAGAACAGAGUACCUAGACCUACUAAUAGAUUACACUGUUACCUUGACCUAUUUAUUUCUUAUCAAGAUCUGCAUCACUACGGGUAAGUGGAGGUUGGGUGCCUGACACAUCCACUAUUGGCAGCCAGCUCCUAGAUGGAGACUGCUCUCAUGGCUGGCAAAUCUUAACAACCCAGCCCUGAGCUUCCACACAGGAAAAGGAAAUAGGCACCCAUCACACUGAAUAAACAGUGGAAAGAGGGAGGGAAGAGGUGGGGAAAACAGCCUGGGCAAUAAGCUGCCACUCCAAACAAUGCUGAAAGUUCACACUCAAAGCACACACAAGAAUGCCUCAGACAAAGAGUACAUAGAAUUCCAAUGCAUGCACAUAUGCAAAAACUGCUGACUACUACAUCUAAUGCUGAUGCUCUUUGCUGUUAACUCUGUUAAAUUGCACUAAACUAACUAGAAGAUUAAAUGUAUUUAUUAUUUUUUUUGUCAAUGUUUUCCUUUUCCUUAGGAGUCACUUGGUAAAAUUGAAUGAUGUCUGUUUACAAGUGAGUUCUGGUCCCAGCAUUUCACAGUUUUCUGGCCUUGGAAUAAAUGAUCAAAGAUACCUUCCAACCAAAGGGUGCCUGUUGCUGUCACCGGCAAAUCUCUGGAACAGGAGCAGAGAGAGGUGAGAAAGAGCUAACAAUCCUCUGUUGACUAAAAAGUUAGUUGAUGAAGCUAAGAAAACUUUGGGAUGUUGGUGGCAUUAGUGGACUAACUGAGGUAAAUCAUUGAUCUGUGAGACACUGGGAGAUUAUAAUUCUUGUGUAAAACCAUCAUGCAGGGAGAUCUUUCUCAGUAGCAUUUUGGGAAACUCAGUCUCUUAACUCUUUAAAGAAAGCAGUGCGCCAUUUUUCAUAGCUGGGCAUGAACACAACUGUUUAUGAACAGAAUAUUAUUUGCAGAAAAAUACAGUUAAAUUGUACAUUGUAUCACACAUUAGCAGUCUGUUAUAAGGGCAGAUUUUGUUGUUCACAUGAUAUCGGCAUAAGCCAUGAAAAGAAAGAAAAGGUCCAUCAAAUGAUAAUAUUAUAUAGAUAUAUUACAUAAACUAAUUACAAUUGGCAUCACUUCAACUUGUGAAUCUAUUUACUUUUGUUUCACAUGUCUACUAGACUAAGCUGGUUAUCCCUUUCUCUCGUUUAAGAUUUGAUCAAGAUGCUUCAGUUUUAGAUGACUUAUAUCUGGUUCCCAGGAGGACUCCUUUUAACAUUGGCCUCAAAGGUUUGACUCAAAUAAAUAAAUAAAUAGAAAUAAAUUUAUCAUGAAGAUAGCAACUACCAUAGCUAGUUAUUAGCUUUUAACAUAAUGUUCUGUCAUUUAUAUUAUAUCUCUUGGUAUCCUUAGGAAGUACUCAACUUGGUAACAUAAUCACUGUUUUAAUAUUGAUCACUGCACAAUGUAUACACAUGACAUUUAAAUUGAAUAAGUAUGAAGUGUGUCAAUACACAAGGAGGUCUAGAAAGUUUUCAUCCCCACCAAAGAGAGGUUAUUGUGCCUACUCUGCCCUCCUUCGAGGAAGGCUGUAGACACUAUGUUAUGGUGUCGUGUAAGUCCAUAAACCUUCCCCCAAGCCCCUUACAGUUUUCAAAAUGGCCAACUAUCGUGGGACACUCGUAACAUCUCUUGUGACUUGUCCUAGUUCAGAUCUGACACUGGCCACUGUUUUUUGAAUUCAUGUCUGGUUUUGUUGGGUUUAGUUUGAUGAUUGUUCAGGGUCUCACCUCUGCAUUUCUCCAUUGUUAUCUAUUUGAACGUAAUAGCUAUGUGAUCAAACUUUCUCGCAUGUGCAUUUUACUCACGUAACUUACAACAGUAGGCAUGUGCAGUCAUAGACUGCCUUUUAUUGGAAAAUCUUAGAAAGAGAAGGGCCAUAAGGCAAAAUGUUCCAAAGAAAUCACCUGGAACUUCUCGAUGGAGGGGUUAGGCAGCUCAGAGUUUAUUAACUCUACACCCUGUAUGGCAGAUGUGUGACAGUUACUACUUGGAAUACCUUAUUGAAAUGUAAGCUUAAUGCUAGUGAUGAGAUUAAAAUUCCAUUCACUGUUACAGAGUACAUACUUGGUUUGCCACUCAAGGAAACUGGAAUCUUUCCCAGUUUGAAAACAGAUGGACCAAAUCAUGUCAUCCAGUAUGGAGUUACACUUGUAAUGUCAUCACACAACCCAAGGUAAAGCAAUAUCCAGACUUAAGUACACUGGAGCUUGUAUAGAAAUCACCACUGUGUGAAAAAUUUUGUUUGGAGAAUUGGAAACAUCGUACACGUAUGUUUAGCAAAGGUACAGACUGAUAUAACAUGAAUGUGUCAUUGAGGGAGACUAUCUUCCUGAAUCUUUAAGUUUUGGCUCGUUCACUUCAGGUACAUUGAUCAACUGAGCAAAGAGUUGAAGAAGGACUUUCCUCUAGCAUCUGCCACAGAAAAAGAUGAAAAUGUGAACAAAGAUGACAUUGUGCAUAUAUACUACAAGGUAACAAUCCUGAAAUUCUCAAAAAAUUGUUAGUGAAGUCUACAUUCUGAUUGGUUCCUAUAACCUAUUUUGUUUUACAAGAUGGGUGUUUACUUGGCAUGAAUAUUUGCAAUGUUUCCCUCUUUACUUUAUGAAACACAAAUGUUUGAUUUCUUGCCACCUGAAUCAGCUCACAACAAUACAAUAGCUGUAGAUCCAAGGAGAUGUGAGAAUGUGGUGUGAUUUGAGAACACCAAGGGCAUACUGCCAAGGGUUUUAGGGCUACUUUUUUGUUCUUGUUGUAUUUUGACAUCAUCCAUGAUGUUGACCCAGCAGUGGAUUCACAGCAAUAAAGAAUUUACAGUACAUUUAUUUGUUAAUGGUGAAUCCUUCACUUCUAGGCUUUUCUAAUGUUAUUCUGUUUUUUCUUGUAAUCCACAGGGUGAAGACAGAGAGCUACUUGAGCUUGCCCCACUUUGUGUUACAUAUUUCAUUGUAUUUCUAUAUUUAGCAUUUUCUGUUGGUAAGUUGAAAAUUAGUAUGAUUUUUUUUCUUACUAAUUAUUUCAAUAUUACUUUGUGCUGGUGGAAGAAAACAAGUAAGUUGUCUUAUGUACAUGUAGAUGAGCUAUCUUGGAUAUCCUAGGUUUCUAUUUUUAUGGGUCUGUCUCAUCAAACCAUCAGUAAUAAGCUGCCUGUAGUGUUAUGUACCCCUUGGGUGGUUGGGGAGUCAUUACUGGAAGAAUGACAUAGCUCCUUUCAAGAGGAGCUUAUGAAAAAUCUCACAGCCAUUAUUAUAGUGAAAUUCUGGUGCCACAAGAAAAUAUGAUACCUGAGUACACCAGAUAUGCAUUUCAAUGUGAAAUUGAACAGCCCAUAGGUUAUCAGUUUUUUCAAGAACUCGCAAAAAAUUUUUAAAUCCUAAAUUGUGCUUUAUUACAGGAAAGAUAGAGAUGGUGAAAAGCAAGUGGGGUUUGGCAUUCAGUGCUGUGAUUUGUGUGAUAGCCUCUCUCAUCAUGGCCUCUGGGUUGUGCUCAUUCUUUGGCCUUGUUACCACUCUGGAUAGCAGGUAAGAUGCAUGAACAGACUCACAGGAUUACCUUUUUGGAUCAUCACUGCAUCAUCACUGCAAACCAAAGUGUUACACCUGUAAUAACGUUGAAUCUUUGUUAGACAUAAAAGUAAUGCAGUCACUUACUUUAGAUGCCCUUUGACCAAUUUAAUUUUCAUGCUGUAGCUGCCACUAUAUAUAUAUAUAUUUUUUUUUUUUACAUAUAAUGCAUUCAUGACAUUUUCCAUUUCUUGACUUGCACAGUGAGAUUUUUCCAUAUCUUGUGAUUGUGGUUGGUGUGGAGAACAUCCUGGUAAUAACAAAGUCUGUGGUGUCAACUCCAGUGGACUUGGAGGUCAAGAUAAGGGUAGCCCAAGGUAUUGAACCAUGCUCAUAGUGCAAAACUCUACAUCCAAGAUAUUAUGAUAGAUUUAAUACAUUCUUGAAUCUCAAAUUCCUUGUGAAAGACCAUGAAUGGUUCAAGAUGCAAAACAUGUGAAGUCAGUCAUGAAAUAAUUGUUACCAUAUUUUUUUUAGUCAGAAAGAUGGAAAUAAGGAAAAAUCUAAGUUUUCAAUGAGGAAUUAAACUGCAAACCUUUGGAAUUGAAUGGUCACAGUUACAGAGGCUAUUUCAAAGUUUUUAUUUGACAUGUAAUCUUCAAUGAUACUGCCAGGAUUGGCAAAGUAAAAAGCUAUUUUGGUAGUGAAAAGAAACACAGUGAAUUUGUGGUCAGUCCUAUCCUUUUUUUUUCCUCAAGCAAGAGACAAAGAUCUCAGACAAAGGUCCUGUAUACCGCUGAUGUGUGUGUGUGUUUGUCAGUCAUCCAAAGUUUUAAUUUGUUUUUUCACUUUUCAGGGCUUAGCAGAGAAGGCUGGUAUAUUGUAAAGAAUCUUCUAACCGAGAUGACCGUUUUGUUAGCUGGCUUUUUUACUUUUGUCCCAGCUGUGCAGGUAAAUGCACUAGCUUUUUUUCCCUCAAAUUUGCGCUCUUUUUUAUGUAUAUCUGUCCCUCUUUCCUCUGUCUAGUUAUUUCCUCAGAUUCGUUUUUUCGCUUUGAUUUGUUGUGAUAGUUGUAAAGAAUAAAAGAAGAGAGGCAAGUGCACGCAAAAAUCGCAAAAGCAAAGAGGGCCAAAAUUAACAAAUUUAAUCUUGUUGUUCAAUGCGUUUCUUUUUGUUUUCAGGAGUUUUGUUUUUUCGCCAUGGUAUGUCUGCUGUCAGACUUCUUUCUGCAGAUGGUUCUGUUUGUUACAGUCCUUUCCAUUGACAUCAGGAGAAUGGAGGUAAAAAAGAUGCACUGCAUUCCCACAUUUAUACGUUUGAUUUACACAUACACCCCUCCGCCCAAAAAAAAUUGGGAAUUUUUUUUUUUUCAAAUCUAAGAUUUCGUUGACUCGGUUGAAGCAAAACUUUCUUUAGUGCUACUUUGUUACGAAAUAAGGAGUGCACUUUCGUGUGCUGAUGUAAAUUUCUUGGCAGUUAAAAAUUUAGAUGCCAUGUAAAGUGUAUCUGUUCAUUUGUGUAUACUUUUCUUUAGCUCUCGGAUCUUCAGAGGCAGCCAAUACAGGUCAGGCAGAGGAAUCCGUCAGAUGGAUCGCACCAAGGUCAGUCACUUUAAGUAGAAUUUGAAAAGAACAAAAACAUGAAAGAAAAUUUGCAUAUGGAUCAUUGAGUUGUGGAAUUCUAUAGCUUUGAUUGGCUUUUCUACCACACGAUUAAUAAAUAAUCUAGAAUUGGUCUAAAUUAUUUAAAAUAUUCGUUCAUUCUGAUAUUUUCUUUUUCUUUUCUUUCUUUCUCCGACGUCAGCACAAACUCCUCCGUCACCAGUGCCAGGCUCCCCUCAAUCCGGACAACCAGUGCAGUUUUUCGGCCUGUUACCCCCCCUGCCGCAGUCGUCACUGAAUAAUCAGGGUGAUACUCCCAGGCAGUGUCCUGUCUUCUCUAGGAGAUUACCAAGGAGGCUUAAUUUUGCGUACUUUUGGGCAAGAACAAGAAUAGUACAGAAAGCUUGCAUGGUAAGGCAAACUGGUUUUACCAUUUUAUCCGCUAAGCAAGCGGCACAAGUAGGACUUUGAGAAAAUCAUGAAUUUUGCUUUUUUUAAAAGUUUUUAAUACUUUUCUUUUUGUCCGUGUUGCAAUCGUCCUUAGCGUCCCUGCUAUAAUUGCUACAAAAACAGACGAGUUAGGCUUAUGGAGUUUUAAACCGUUCAAGAUUCGAAAGCUAAUUUUGCUAAAUGAAAACGGUGAUCAUGAUCAUCUUUACAAUUUUUUUUCUUUUAUCAAGGCGUCAAUAAUCCCAUUACGCCUGUAUUUACUGAUUUUGAAUCAGCAUAACCUUCACCUGUGAGAGAGCAUUUUGAUUAUGCAUACUGGCCUCUCCCGGAGAAUGAAAUUGUUGACAUGUACAAAGACAGGAACUCAUCACUUGGGCUCCUGACAAAGAGAGUUUUUUUAUAGUUUUUGUUUUCAGAAUACGGAAUAAAUGACUUAAAAUUGACAUUUUUAUAUUAACAGUUUAACUGUUUUAACUCCCAAUAUCUCACUAGUAAUUCUCCUUACGGUCUGUCAUACAAUUCCUAUGGUGCUGGUUCGGAGAAUUCGAUAUUGGAUCAACUAAUAAUCCCCUUUUUGACAUUUGUCUUCAUUCUCAUCACUUUUCUGCGUGAUAUUGUAGUGAUAUUGUAGGAAGAAAUUCUUCCUCAAUCACUGAAGAGAGCUAAAGGGUUAAUUACACAGCAGCUCUGAUAUUUAGUAAGGGAACAAAGGAAUGAAACAAACGCGGUGCUUGGUAGUCUUGAUAUCGCCGCGUGUUCAUCACUUUAAAAGAUAAACUUUUAUAGGCAUAAAUCGUUGAGGUUUUUAUUCGUUCAUAAAAGAUGGUUCUCUCAAUUUCUACGUUUUAAUCCCUCACAGGUGUGCUUCAUUUGCUAUUUUGUAUACAUCUUGAAGUCUCCGGGCUUAGAUUCGGUGGAUACCUCCCGAGAUGUCCAGAGUUCAAUGAAUACAGAUGAGUUUACAAACAUCAAAGAUUCCUGGUUUGAUCACAAAGAGAGCAAGACAAGAUUCCCCGAAGGAAUGAACGAGAGUGGAAAUUUGUUAGGAUGGAAAGGCAAGAGAGAAUCCACAAGAAAGAAAAGACCAGGGUUUUCUUUCAAGUCUCCGUCAGUAGAGUUAUGGAGAGGUCUCUAUCAACGGCACUGGCCUCAGGUGUUAAGUUAUUACAACAUAAGUCUUCUGGGCAGGUAAAGAUCGAUUUAAAAAAUUGGAUACAGUGGUGAGAGCAUAUGAACGUCCCACCGCUUUUACUUGGGUCAGGUACCCAAACCCAGUGUCACAUGAAUGCUGGGUUUGUUACUUUUCCUCGUCCUCACUCCAAGGGUUUUCUUUGGGAUCUUCUUCUCCACACUCCACACAACCUGGAAGCAGUAGUCGAGGAGAGUCACUUCAUGGAUAUGCAGCAGCCACAUUCUGUUGUAUUUCUACUUGAUCCAACUUUCGAUCACUAAGAGUUACAUGAACCGAUUAUUUUUAAUUGCCGUCUGGCCAAGGAAAUACUGAUUAAAGACGUUUUUUCUUGAGUGCAAGACCAUGAAAAGACUAAGGUCCCAAGAGGAAUCGAACCUUAAACCUUCCGUUAGGAUUGUUACGCCACGAGUGCAAAAUUUACGUUCUUGUUACUCUAUUUACGUGUGAUCUUGAUUGCGGUCACAGCGAUGUAAGACUCCUUGGUAUGGAAGUUAGUGAAAACAAGAACCUUGAACCCUUUGAUGAACAAAAAUCGAGGGUUUAUAAUCUAUUACGUCAAUGCUGUGAUUAGAAUAGAACUUAAUUCAAUGAAUUAACUUACCAGUAUAGAGCAACCCACUCCAAUAGUUGACCUCUGUGCUCUACAAUAACAAUCUAACCCUCUGCUGUGUUGUUUUCAGGUAUGUGACAGUCUUACCGCCCGUUCAUUUGGGAUUCAACAUCGAUACGGACAUUUUUGUCACAGACCUUCCAGUGGAUGGUGACCCACUGUCAGCCACCAGUCAAGGGUUCUCAUCAGUAGAUGGCACAGGGAAACUCGAUCAUUCUUUCGACAGUGUACAGGAGACCACCCCCGCGCGAGGCUCCGUAGCUGACGAGGAGGUUCGAGAUGCGAGGUAUUACCACAACGCUCUGUCGUGUGUGGUACUUGGUGUUGUCGUCAUGAUAAUUCUCUUCUUCGUGUGUAAAUUUCUGAACGAUCUCCAAGUCAAUCCCAGUUCGCGACGAGGGAGGAGAGGAAGAGGCCACCGAUGUGAUGCACUGGUAGAGUGCGUACCCAUCACUCUUAGAGGGCACACGCAGGUAUGUACAGCGUGUAAACAAUGCGUUAUUACUGUAGAGUGAUACAUUGUAACCAUUAUAAGAAAGGUUCAAACGUCAACUCAUUCAUGAGCGGAUAUUGAUCUUAUGAGUGCGACUUGAGCACGAUGGCUAAUGCCAUUGGAUGAAUCCGAGCGAGCCAAAAAUGACUCAAAAAUAUGAAUUCCGUCAAAACGUCCUGAACUUAUUAUCAUCAUCAUUUUCAUUAUCACUGUUAUCGUAAUUAUUUUCAUUAUUAUCAUUACUAUUACAGUUAUCGUUCUUGGUGGUUAUCAUUCCCUUUCCUCGUCCUCCUUAUUUUCGCAAUCAUCAUCAUCACUCUUUCCUGGUCGUUAUUAAUGUUACUUUUGUCUUUUUUAUUACUUCAUUGUAGAACGUGGAGCAUUUGAAAUGCACUGUAACGUCCAUCGUCAGUGUUUGUUUAAGCGGCCAGAUAUGUGUUUGGGACAUUGCCACUGGAGAUUGUCUGAGAGUUAUAAACAGAAGGAGGUCAGUUUAUUUUCCACUUUAAACUCUCUUUUGUUCAUUCUUCCACUCUCUGGAGUAAGUGAUAAAUAUAUUCUCCUCUUAAAAUAUCAGUAUAUUGCCACGGGGAAAGGAAAUGGGCGGAAAGAAAUACAACUAUUAGGCUUUGUCUGAUUUAGCACCGUUUACACCAAAUUUUGAGUGCUAAACUGUGAGAAACGUAUGGCACUAGCAAAAUAAUUUAAAUUGAGAUCUUUGGAGUAAAAGGGUUUCAGUGUUGUGUAAAAGCGACUUCUCUCUCUCUAUUUUUAUCGUUAUUUUCCGAACGGUGUUCGCGUUCUCCUUCCUUUGCCAUUUUUCUCCCUUUUCUGGGCUAUUUUUCAGCAAUUUUGCGGUUCUCUUCCAUUAAAAUCGUCGUAACAAUAUUUUGAACUUUACUUGAGCGGCUGGGUGGGCGUGGAAGGUUGUAAUCUAGCACCAAGGCAGUCCUGAUUUCCAUUGAUUCCUAUCGGGGAGCGUUUUGUGGAAUUCCACGAAUGCGACUGCAAAGGAGACUAUUGAAUCGCAGUAAGUUGGGAAAAUAUUCAUAUUCCUUCGCAGUCCAUUUCAAUCGGACGCCUCACCCAAGCCAAAACCAAAGCGUAAGAAAUCAAAGCAGAGGCGCAGCGUGGAUGCAGACAGUUCUUAUACAACACACCGGUCAAUGGACAACCUGUCGGCUUCUAAUGCGCGUGUCAGCCCCAGGCCUCCAUCGGACUUUGAGUAUGCAACCUUCUCCCCCUUCAAUGCGGAUGAGAAUUGUGCAGUUACAACAAAUGAAGUACGGCGCUUAACAAAACCUGAAUCGAAGUUAAGAGAAAACGAGGUUGAAAAUUGCAACUGUUCGCGUGACCCAUCGCAUAUUUCAAGUGGAUGUCCAAAGUCAUCGGGGUACGACUUCAGUAAAUACGCAACCGACGUUGACACUUCCUUGUGGCCUUCACGAUUGAGUUCCAGAGGUUCCUUCACUAGUUCAUGGUCGAGCGCCGAUGGAGAUGAUGUGGGAUGGCCGUCGAGUUCCGAAGGAUCUUGUGAUGAACAAGUCAAGCCUGAGAUGCACGUGCACAGUGACAAUUACUAUGACGACCACUCUAACGGAGCCUCGGUGUGGUGUGUUGAUUGUAAGGAUGAUUUGAUGAUAAUCGGCUGUAGCGAUGGAACAAUUGAGGUAUUCCAAUCAGUUAAAUAAUGUUUCAAUAUUAUCAGUUUAAUAAGUGAUAAAUAAGUAUCUUGUCGUAUGUCUCUCUGAUAAUGGUCAGCUGACCCUAAAUCCAAUGGGUGUGUUUUGUCAUUCUUUACAAGGUUUUCGUUAUUAUCUUUUGCAGAUAUGGAGUUUGUUAUCUGGAACGCAGGUUUGUGUUUCACGCGAGGGAAACAUUGGUGUAACAAAACUCAGCUUUUUACCGGGAAGGUAGUGUAAAUCAAAAAUUCCUCUUAAAGAAACGAUUACCCAGUACGAAUAUCUCACUCCAGUCUCUUCUCUUUCUGUUUCAGUCCUCAGAUCGUUGCGGCCCGUUUGGAUGGCACUUUAGAGUUCUUAACCCUCGGGACUCCCUGCAGAGCCGACUUGACCAUGCCCCUUUUGGAGAGCUCCCCAAUAAAGCGUUCCUCGCCAAGGACUACCCGAAAAUUAAAUACCCAGUCAGGCAACGUUUCGAUGACACCACAAAGUAGAGACCCUGCGUCAAUUGGCGUCAAUGGCUCACAUGCAUAUACUUCACCGGAGCCUCCACUGUGCAGGAUAAGUCACAAACUUAGGGCUCAUCAUCAGCCUAUUUGCGUAUUAGGUAUCAUGGCAGGCCGGGUCAUAACUGGAAGUCACGACAGGACACUCAAGGUAUAUAUACCCUGUGUUGCGUUAAAACGCUAGUUAUCCUUGCAUUUUUGGACAGGAAAGUUGAGCGCUUUCACUUUGUAGCCAAUCACUUUGCCUUCAAAGAAAAUAACUCUAAUUCAAACGUUUAAUGGAAAUUUUGACAGUUACGUGACUGCUACAAAUCUGAUUGCAGGUCAGAUGAAUUCUAUGAACUACAGCGGCGAAAAUUGAACUGCUAAACAUUUGUCUUUUUGUAGGUGUUUCGGACUGACGAUUGUGUUUGUGUUUACACAUUACACGGCCAUGCAGACAGCAUCAGUACUCUUGCUGUGGAUACGGUAAGGAAAAUGUCAUGUCUGUGCUCCACUCCUUUCCCCCAAGGAGUUUAAAUGCAUCCCGGUGAACUACCAUGGCCACUGGUGUGGGUGGGAGGAAGCGGGAGGGGGCUAGGCAAGGGGGUGAACCAGAACUCCAUCGAAGUGAAGAAGCAACACUCCCCCCCCCCCCCUCUCUGUUGCUUCGCGCUUCAUUUUUCAUUUGUCUGCAUAAACGUUAGCUGAAUGGGCCACUUGACCCGUUUUCUUCAUAAACAAGUUUGCCUCCUAAAUUUUUACUUAGCAUUUAUCACAAUAAAAACAUCAAAAUAACUGAAGAGGCUCAUUCUUGCGAAAGAGACCACGAAGGGUUUAAGUCAUAGCUCUAGUUUAAACAAAUCUGGUCGUGUGUUCUUCAGAAAAAUGGAAAGGGAACUUUUAUCGAUUCGUGCAUGCUAUUUGGCGUCAUUUAUCAUCUAUUUUCGUGAUUUUCAAUGGACAAUUGAAGUUUCUACACGAACAAGGGAUUUAUGGAUUCACUCUUUCGAGUGCAAACACACUUCUCGAAGGAGGUUAAAAAUUCCACUCGUUUUAGACGAACUCAAGUGCUCAGGUAUUGAAUGUUAACCAAGGUAUUGUUUUUUUUUCAGACAAACAACCGUCAAGUGAUCAGCGGCGCUGCCAAUGGUGGUGUGCGCGUGUGGGAUGUAAUCAGCGGUGAAUGUCUGCAACACUUGCGUGGCCAUGUGAAGUCUGUGACCGCCGUCACCUGUACAGCUGAGCACUUGCUAAGUGUGAGCUUGGAAAGCGUGCUCUGUAUUUGGGAUCGAGCGCGUGGCGAGUGUUUACAUCGACUGAAGCAGGUAAGGGGGAGUGAGGAAGCUUCCUAAAGAUUGCCUUAGAACCGAAAUUAAAAGAGGACCAGGUGAGUCAGUGGUAACUUGAAGCAAAUUUUGCAGUUUGCGUUGUGUCAGAGGAUAUACAGGUACCAGGCCCCCAUUAAUAGGUGCCUCAGACUCCACAAAUUUUUACUAGUUCAAACACUCCCUAAAGAGAUCGUUUUCCUGAAAUGCUUUUCCGUGAAAGGUGUCUACAUUUUGUAUUUUCGCGUCCAAGCGCAACUGGUGUGAUGAGAUAAAAAAAAAUGAUUCAGCCAUUGUGGUUCGUAAGUCGAAAUCUUGUUGCAAGUGCAAAGUUAUACAUAAGCUUGCAAAUAAAAGUAUUGAAUAUUUUUUUCCCUUGUAGUUUCCAGAUCUCUGCUCGAACGUAGUUAUGUUGUCACGAACUCUAUUUAUCACCGGCGGCCAGGUUGGUGAAAAGUUUUUCUUUUUUCCUUAGUAAUGUCGUAUCAUAGGCUCUUAUGGCUCAUUUCUUUCUCCGCAGUUCAUUUAUAUGAUUUUCUUAUAUUCACAGUCAUUAAUUCAUCACUUCACGGGUUUAUUUGGAACCAACUAAGUAACCAGCUCCCAGUUGGCUUGUUAGUUCAGUUGGUAGAGCGCUGCACCGGUAUCACAGAGGUCAUGAGUUCAAAUCCCGUACAGGCCUGAAUUUUUUUAAGGCCUUAUUUUCCCUGUUGCAAAGGUCGCUUUCAUAUUCAAUUACUUGUUAUUAACCCUUUGAACCCAAAGAGUGACUAGCAUGUAACUUCUCCUUACAAUAGCACCCCAGGAUCACUCAUUAAUCACCAAGUAAAGAAGCUCUUGAUUGUUCAACAAUUCUCUUGGUCAGCGGCUUAAGAUAUGUACACAGAACAGUAUGGAAAACAUGCAUCAUGAUGUUAAGGUGUAAAGGGUUAUUUUUUACUUGAAAUCCCUCUUUUUUUUUUAAGGGACACAUCUCAGUUUGGGACGUUUUGACUGGGAGACGCGUGAAAACGGUUCUGCUCGGAAACGAUGACACUUCAGUGUUCGUUCGUUUCGUGAAUGUGUGUGAACACGCAACUGUCGUAUGUGAUUUCGGAAAGGAACUGAAAAUUGUGAAGUUUCCUGCAGUAAUGGACAAGGCAAAAUAAUGUGAAGCAAUAAAAUUAAAUAAAGCUAAUUUAGGUAGAGAGUUUAACAGUGUGACAUAAUUUAGAGGUAACGAAAUAUACCUAAGAAUUAUGAUAUACCAAAAGUGAGGUAAUAUAUCCCAAAAAUUAGCCAAAUGAGUUAAUUCAAACUUGGGCAUUUCGUGCGAUUAUUUUAAAAUAAAAAAAAAUUGCAGAAUUGAUGCUAGGGUAGACUUUGUGCGGUUACAUUUCCUGCACGGAAUGAUUUUAGUGCCAUGUUAAGAAAUAUUAACAGAGGGCUGAAGAAUUUAAUGUGCUUGUAAUCAUUCAAUUUCCCGAUUAAUCUUAUUGAAAGGAACUUUCACUCGAAAUUCCCCGAACUUCGUGAUUAUGCAAGUCUGAGAUGACCUCAUUGAUCACGCUAGAGGUUUGUAAACUUUUUCAAUGUUUCAAAACGGUAAAAACCAAUUGUUUCCUAUGUAUGGUAGACAGCGAUAUUUUAUGUUUUCUAAAACACAGCGUCAACGUGCUGGAUAUUUAAUAGAAUGGUAAUACUAAAAUUAUAUUUUCAAAGUUAGAAUUCUGUUACAGGAAUGAUAGACGUGAUGCAAUCCUUCGUCGCGAUGAAUUUUAGCACUAACCAAAUUUCAUUUUAAGUAAUGGAUGUGCCAUGUUCUUGUGAUGUUUUCUUUCAUAAAAACUGAAACAAAAGUCUUUCAUUUCUAAUUAAAUACAAAUAUCACGCGAGUAUACUUUUUCUUAGUUUAUUUAGCUACAAAUUAAGCAUACAUUGAAGAAGUAUUGGUGUAGACUGUAGUGAAAAAAAAACACCAAUUUAGAGUAAAUGAAAACCAUCAGCUUUCUAUCUUUGAACGUUGUAAUAAACUAAGUUAUUAAGUGCUAUCAGAUUUUCCUAAGCACCAAUCGGCGCAAAAGUUGCGUCACCCAGUAACGCA